AAUCGUUUCUGAAAAGAUUGGCAAAUGGAAAGUCAUUAUCACCUCGCCCAUCGAUUUUUGGUUCGCGCAUCAUUGAGACUAGUCUUCAAAAGUGUGACUUGCCAACAAUAUGCAACGAAUGACGUCCCUUCUCAGAUGGACACAAACAAGUUUCCAAACAAAGGGUUUGCAAAAAGUUUCAAGAUAUGACUACAUUGUUCGAUCUAUUUAUUCCGCCUCACCUACAAACUUAUUUCAAGGGACUACUCCAAGUCUUAGGAAAAGCACCCAGUUGAUGGUGGCUGCGAGGAAUAAGAAAACGAAAGCAGACAAGAAUAAAAAGAAAGACAUUUUGAAAGAAUUGAGUUCAGAAGAACUCUUAUUUGAUCCGCAAGAACUGGCGUCCAGUUUAGAUAAAACAGUAACAACCUUCCAGUCUCAACUUGCAACCAUUCGCACAGGCUUCGCACAUCCUGCUAUAUUGGACAGAGUAACGGUGGAGGCCUAUGGAACGAACUGUUCGUUGAAGGAAGUUGCACAAGUAACACAGAAGGAUGCGAAAACUUUGAGAGUACAAGUAUUUGAUCCACAAAUUACUUCUGCUGUCGAUAAGGCCAUUCGCACAGCAGGUUUAGGACUCAAUCCACAAGUAGAACGUCCUGGUAUUCUCUCAGUUCCGAUUCCUCGUCCAGAUCAAGAAACUAGAACAAAGUUGGUUAAAGUGAGUUAGUCUUAUAUUCAGAAAUUCCCUUAAAUUGCGUC